AGAUUCUAAACUUACAACAUACCAAUGCUACCUACUCCAACUCUUCGCAUUUUUCAUUUAUUGCACAAACCCCAAAACACCAAAAGAAUGGAGCGUUUUGUGUGCCUAACUGUAGUAUUAGCCAUGGUGAUGAUAGCUGCACCAGCCAAAGCUCAGGUCACCACGCCAUGCAGCGCAUCAAUGAUAAACAGUGUGUUCAACCCUUGUAUGAAUUUCCUCACAAAUAGUAGUGCCAAUGGCACUUCACCUACUUCUGAGUGCUGCAAUUCCAUCAAGUCCCUCACAAGUACUGGCAUGGACUGUUUGUGUCUCAUUGUCACCGGCAAUGUCCCCUUUAGAAUACCAAUCAACCGAACCUUGGCCAUCUCUCUUCCUCGUGCUUGCAACAUGCCUCGUCUUCCACUUCAGUGCAAAACCUCAGGUUCACCACUUCCAGCUCCAGGACCAUCUCUUUCUCCAUCUCUUAGUCCUCAAGCUUCCGUCAUACUUCCUUCACCUUCCUUGGCACCAGUGUCUGACACAAACCCUCCUUUGACUCCAUCAUCUCCAACUACUGGAAGUGGACGCUCUGAUCUCACUCCAUCAUCUGCUGUUUCAUCUAACCGCUUCCUACCUUCAGCUGUAUUAAUUGCAUUAGGAUUUGCUGUUCUUUAAGCACUACUAGGUUGUUGCGUUCGAUUUUUAUCAGAUUGUUGCAGACCCACAUUGGGAGAGUAUUUACCAAAUGAAAAGCAUUUCAUGUUUGUUUUGUAAUGUAUAUGAAUGCAUGGAUAACAAAUUACUGCUACUUUUUAUUACAUCUAAUGACCAACAGUUCCAUCCGUUAAUCCAA